AAUUUAAAAGUUGCUUGCUAUUCGGCGGAAACGGAACGAUUUUCUCGAAAACGGACGGGAUUUUUGAAACAAAAAAAAAAUUAAAUUUCCGUGCAAUUAUUAGUGAAUUUAAUAAAACAAAAAACAACAACAACGACUUAAAUAGUUUUUAAAGGGAAUUCCCUUAAAAAAAGAGAUGUGGAAUGUCAAUUCCAAAAGAUCGGUAUCAUGUAUUCCGAUCUGUUUGGUGGUGAUAUGUGGCUUUUUGUUGAUCCCUGUUGAAGUGAAAGCGAACUACAAUUCUGGUGUGAAAACCACUGUUUACACAACAGAUCCUCAGAUAACCAGGCAAACCUACACCACAACCCAUCGUUGGACGGAACCAGUAAAAGUUGAGCACCAAGAACAUACCUACACCAAUGGGGAUUAUAGUGGUAAUGACAAUGAUUACCAAAGAACAAUAACAAAUCCCACUGGAGGUUCAACUCAGCAAUGGACUGCGUAUGGGACCACCAGCAAUUCAUAUCGGAACCAACAACAUGCUGGAAGUUUCGGAACCAAACCUGAUUCGGUAUCUCAAUAUUCCUAUCACCAACAACAACCUCAGGUGCCGCAAAACCAACCACAGCCUAUAUAUGAAAGACCUCGCACAUCUCAGGUGGUUGGACAUACCACCACCACCUAUCAAUCAACUGGGAAAUUGCAACAAACGGAUAAUGAGUUGACCGAAUAUUUCACCGGUUGUCCCUCGGGUCAUACCGGCCAAUUACCUUAUGCCUAUGAUUGUCGUCGUUUCCUGAACUGUUGGAAGGGUAGGGGCCACAUUCAAUCCUGUUCGGUGGGCACUGUUUUCAAUCCCGAAACUUUGGAAUGCGAUCGCCCCGACAAAGUCAAAUGUGGGGCUGGUUUGGGUGGUCAAACUUCCACGAACAGUGUCACUCGCACCACCAACACCUAUGGCCAGCAAGCACAACAGUCUACCGCCCUAAAAGAUCGCACGGGACGUUAUAUUGAUGCCUCCACAGACAGUGUGGACAUUUUGUGUCCUACGGGAUCGCAGGGUCUGGAACCACAUCCUUCGGAUUGUACGAAAUUCAUCAACUGUGCCAAUGGCAAUGUUCACAUACAGGAAUGUGGUCCUGGCACCGCAUUCAGUAAAACCAUGAAAGUUUGUGACUUUAAACAAAAAGUGGAUUGCACGGGAAGAGGAGGUGAUGCAGCAGUUGCGGCCGAGGUUAAUACAAGACAAGAUACCCAGCAUAGUACAUCUACCUCUUCGUCAUCGGCCGCUGGCCAUAAUGAUUUACCACACAAUGCCGAUAUUUUAUGUCUGGGUGGAAUUACGGGUCUCUUCCCCUAUCCCUUCGAUUAUACCAAGUUUAUUAAUUGCAAAAAUGGCAAUACGGCCAUACAGAACUGUGUGCAAGGCACUGCCUUUAGUAUAUCGAAAGGCUAUUGUGAAUCCUUGGAUCAAAUACUGAAAAUAGAUCAUGUCAUGUACAUUGUGUCAGAAGUCAGCUAUGAAUACUCUCAAACUCUUAUUACUUGCCCACCCGGUACCGAGGGCAUCCACUUGUAUCCCUUCGAUGCUGAGAAAUAUGUGAAAUGUGUGCGCAGCCAAAUGGAAGUGGUUUCAUGUUCCCCGGCCCAGGUCUUUAGUGUGACCAGGCGUACCUGUCUACCUCUCAGCCAGGUGCUAAAAUCCGAAAGAGUUCGUUUGCUAAGCGAAUUGCAAAAGUCCAAUAAUGCCUAUCGUAAUGUGGAAGAGCAUUUCGAUGCUAAUACCAUGGUUUAUUGUCCUGUGGGACUUAGCGGUUCCUAUCCCCAUCCUUUCGAUGGUUCCAAGUACAUAACAUGUGCUGGAGGCCGUUUGAUUUGUGAAUCUUGUGCCUCGGGCAAGGCAUUUAGUUUAUCUCGCAAACAGUGUGACAUGAUAGAGGAAUUGGAACGAAAAGAUCGUGUGCCUCAGGCCCAAAUGUCAUAUGGCCAGGAAUGGUCUUCGGGUAUAGCCCACAUGGAAACAACUUAUGGGUCAGUUGAUGGUCUUACCUAUCUAAUGUGUCCCCCUGGUUUGAAUGGCUAUUUCCUGCAUCCAUUUGAUUGUACCAAAUACAUAGAGUGUUCGAAUGGUGUUACCAAUAUCGAUACUUGUGCUAAUGGGGCUGUUUAUAGCAUUUCUCGCAAAGAGUGUAUUCCCAGGGAUAGAGUGGAAGCCUUUGAUCGUGUGGAGUACUUAACAACCACCCAACAUGAAUUCUCCAAUGAGCAUGUACUACAAGCGGAUCGUGAUCUUGGCAUUAGUUGUGGACCUGGAACAUAUGCCACUUAUCCACAUCCACAGGAUUGCCACAAAUUUAUGCGUUGUGCCAAUGGCCGCAUUGCAGAAGAAAACUGUCCAGCCGGUCAAGUGUUUAGCAUACAAAGAGGUUUGUGUUACAGGGAAAAUGAAGUAUCUCAACAGGAUCGCAGCUCAUACAGCCGAGGUGGAGUGGUGCAAGGACAAAGUCACUAUAGCUCUGGCGUGGCUAUAGGUGGAGGUGGCACCAUAACCACAUCCACAACUACAACUAGCAACUCGGGAAACAACUACCAACAGAGUGGAGGAGCAGGAUAUUCCACUCAAACGACAAGUAUUGGUUGCCCAACAAAUGCCAGUGGACGCUAUCCUCAUCCCACGGAUUGUACCAAAUUCGUAAUGUGUUCGAAUGGUGUGGGCACUGUACAAAGUUGUGGACCGGGUACAGCCUGGAAUCAAGCCAUGGAGGUGUGUGAUUUUAAAGAAAAAGUCAAUUGCUCACCAACCGGUUCAGUGGGGGUUAGGAAGCAGCCCGAAAUUACUUGUCCUCCUGGAUUUGAAGGCUUGUAUAUGCAUCCCUACGAUUGGCACAAGUAUCUAAGCUGUACCAAUGGCAUAACUCAUAUAAUGGAUUGUGGUCCCGGCACCGUGUUUAGUGUAACACGAAAGAUUUGUGAUCUUGAGCAGAAUGUUGGCAACACCGAUCGUUGCAAUAACGGAGUUUAUAGCAGUGAUUAUGACUACAGCUAUAGUCAAACUAACAACAAUCGUGAUUCCAAAGCUUAUGGAGCAGCUGGGAGCCAAUGGUCCUAUACGGGAACAACUCAAAAUCAGCCCGGCCAUACACACACUUACACCCAAAGCCACCAUACCAGCACCUCCACCAACACCCAACAUCAGCCCACCUACACUCAAACGCAUACAACCACCAACCAACAGGUUGGGGGUGAUCGCUGGACCAUCAUGAAUCGGCCACGCCCACAGGGAGCCACAUACGAUCAACGGACCACAACAUGGCAGCAAGGCUCGUCUGCAUUUGUACCCACCCAGGAGACAAGCAAUGCUUGGUCAGGCACAGCCAUCAAUGUAGAUCAACAGUCGCCCACGCACACUGUGAUCUUUGAGGAAGGAUCUUUGCGGCCUGAUAGUAAUUAUAAUCACCAUAUCUAUAGCAAGCCAUUAGCACCAUUACCUGGCACCGGCAGCAUUUCAACAUCAACGGUUGUUUAUGCCCAGCCCAUAGGAUCGCAAGAGGCCUCCGAGGAAGUGUUCGGCUCACAAAAUCCCCAACCUCAUGAUACCCAUACCCAUAAUUCACACCACUCCAACAGUCCCCACUAUCAUAGUCCAAAUUUAGAUCGCCAAAAUUUUACCAGAAACAUUCAUUAUGUGUCCUCAGGGAAUCAUUGGACACCCAUUAAACCAACUCCACAAGUGUUGGUGGUUAACCACCUAAUGCCACCCCUACAGGGUGCUGGAACUCAAGGGGAAUCACUUCAACCGCCUACCCGUGAAAGACCCCAGCAAUUUUCUCCCUAUCCCCAACAUUCGCCAGCAAAUCACAGAGGUCAAGCACCUCCAGUUAGUUCGCAUGGUGAUGUUCCCAUUACACAUUUAAUGCCUCCUCUACAAUCACCCCAUGAUUUGGGACAAAGACCUUUGCCAGAAUCUGGCCAAACGGUUUCCACUGUACAAGUUAAUGAGUUUCCCGCCCAGGCAUGGCCUUAUGACCCUAACCAAUUGGAUCCCUUGGUUCAAUCAGGUUCACGAAAAGUUGUAACCGUAGAUGAGAGCAACUUGUAUGGAGGUCUUCAGCCACCACUGCGUGGGGAGCAGGUUACAACUACCCCACGCCCUGUUCAGAAUCAGCGACCCCAAAUUCCCGCACCCUCUCAUAGCACAACACCUUUGCCUUUGGUUCAGGGUUAUCCCAAGCUUUCUAAUGCCACCAUACAAACAUUUCCCCACCAGCCACAUUACAGUAACCCCUAUUCAGAGGUAGCCCAUUCACAUAAUGCCUCCUGGGCGGGCAGAAAAAUUGCCCAACAGGCAGCCAUUAAACCCUCGACCCGUUUGGAAACUUCCAAAAAAACCGAUCAACAACAAGCGGUUUCCCACAUUCAAGUAGAGAAUGAGCCCACUCGUAUUGAUCCCGAACAGUUACCUCUCAAAGAAGCUCUACAGCUAAUGCUGAGACCCUAUUUUAAUCGUAGUGGCACUAUCGAUGAUGAUACCGCCGCUAAGGCUGAGUCACACAUCAUGGACUUGGUUACACCCAUUGAUAGGUCACCCGAAGAGACUACCAGCACCACCACUCACAAUCCAUUGCAUGCCCCUAGCAUUAGUAUUGCCUCCACGACACCGCAUCACGACGAUGUUGAACUUAUACUUGCAGGUGAACAGCAUAGUUUGGUCACCACCACCUCCACCCAACCGGGUAACCAUAAGCCCAAUGUCUAUUAUGACCUCGAACAUACCACCGUAGAAUCUCAACGUUCUACACAGCAAGGACACACUCAUGAUCCCAAUUGGCAUAAAAAUCAUCAACAUUCAAGUAGUUCUUCGAAACACCAACACCACAAAUACCACCACCACGAACAUACUCCAGAAUUCCAUGAAAAACAUCCCCAUUUACCCAAUCCUUUCGAAACCCCUGUCGAAUCCUAUGCAGGCAUUGAUAUACGAAGUGGGGAUAUGUGUCCCUUUAAUUGUGGCAAUGGAAAGUGUGUAACCCAACAUGAGGUCUGUGAUGGAGUUAACAAUUGUGACAAUCGCAAGGACGAAGAGAAGUGCGAUCAUUUAGGUUAUGAAAUCCGUUUAACUGGAGGCGAAAGUUCCAACAAGGGCCGUGUGGAAGUCAAAAUCUUUGGCAAAUGGGGUCAUGUGUGUGAUGACAAAUUUGGUCUAAAGGAUGCCGAUGUUGUGUGCCAUGAAUUGGGCUUUAAACUGGGUGCCAUGGAGGUGCGUGGCAGCUCCUAUUAUCCUCCCAGUGAUGUAAAUGCCCAAUACUUAAUGGAUGAAGUAGAGUGCCAAGGCAAUGAGACUUCGUUGCGUGAAUGUGAUUUUAAAGGCUGGGCUGUGCACAAUUGUGGUCCCGAUGAGGUGGUGGGUGUUGUCUGCAAGGUUCAAAAACUAAAAUGUCCUGAUAAUUAUUGGCUGUGCAGCACUUCGGAGGAAUGCAUACCGACUACUUUCCUAUGCGAUUUAACGCCCGAUUGUGAAGAUAAAUCCGAUGAAAGUCCCAAAGUGUGUAAUGCUCCCAUCGAAUAUCGUUUGGAAGGCGGACGCAGCAAAAAUGAGGGACGUCUGGAGAUUCGCUACAGAGACCAAUGGGGAACAGUUUGCGACGAUGAUUUCAGUCUAAAGGAAGCCCAAGUAGUGUGCAAUUCUUUGGGUUACUAUGGAAGAGCUCAAUUGGUUAAAAAUAUCUAUGGACCCGGCACUGGCCCCAUUUGGUUGGAUCAGGUCUCUUGCCUGGGCAACGAGACCACACUGGAUCAAUGCAAUCAUUGGACAUGGGGCGAGAAUAAUUGCCAACACACCGAAGAUGUCGGUCUCAGGUGUACUGCUGGACCCAAACCAGCGCCAACCACAAGACCACUAACCCUAUCAGCUACAACGGGUGAUGCGGCUUGGCACCAAACUCAAAUGGAAUACGAACAGUCAGAACUCGAUGAUUUGGGUAAAUAUCAGGGCCUAUGGCAAAGAUCCAGCAAAGCUGUACAUCAACAAAAGCAAUGUGGACAUUUCACAAUGAAUCUUAUCGAUGAGUAUGCCCAUCCCGAGGAGAGAGUUAUAAAUGGCAGUAUAGCCAAAAGGGGACGCCAUCCUUGGCAGGCCACAAUACGCACCCGAGGUCGAGGCGGUAUUUCCAGUCAUUGGUGUGGAGCUGUUAUCAUUUCCAAGAAACUCAUUUUAACUGCAGCCCAUUGCUUGGCUGGUUACCCAAAGGGCUCGUAUUUUGUGCGAGUAGGUGAUCAUUAUGCGAAUAUAGCAGAAUCGUCUGAAAUCGAUUCGAAUAUUGAGAACUGGUAUAUCCAUGAGAAGUUCCGCGAGGAAAAGCAUAUGAACAAUGACAUUGCCAUUAUUUUGCUUAAGACCCCAUUGCGCUUCAAUGACUAUGUGCAGCCCAUCUGUUUGCCAGAAAAGGGUGCUGCGUUGGAGGUAAAUCGUAAAUGUAUGAUAUCGGGAUGGGGUUCCAUCAAAUCGGGCACAUCAACACCUUCGAAUAUACUAAGAGCCGCUGAAGUACCAAUUUUGGCCGAUGAAGUUUGCAGCCGCAAAAAUGUCUAUGGCAAUGCCAUGAGUGAAGGCAUGUUUUGUGCCGGCCACCUCGAUGAGAAUGUGGAUGCCUGUGAUGGUGAUUCGGGAGGACCUUUGGUUUGCUCUGAUAAUGAUGCUGAAACCUUGUAUGGCAUCAUUUCUUGGGGCCAACACUGCGGUUAUGCCAAUCAUCCUGGUGUGUAUGUACGCGUCGAGAAAUACAUCGAUUGGAUCUAUGAGAAAAUCAAUUUGAUGAUCAGCCAAGGAAAACUAUGACAUUUAUCAUGAAUAGCCUCUUUUUAUUCCUUUAUGUAAUUUGCUCUCGAAUUUUUCACGAAUCUUUCUCUUUUAUGGUUUUUCCUUGGAAAUGUUAUUGUUAUGAAUUAUUUUGUAUAUAUAAAAUCAUAGUGACAAUUUUUUGUUUUUUUUUU